CCGUGAAUGAUCAGGGAGUGUGUGUUGCAAAAAGGGACUCGGUGCUCUCGCGUCGAUCACUGCUCCUUCGCGAAUCCGCCGCCGCCGCCACCUCCCGCUGUUUCCGUUCGCGACGCUCGGCAGGCUACUGUCCCCCGGACAACGCGAUGUUUUGCUCUGCGAGAGUAGAGUUUUAAGAAGCUGAGCCUCGUCUCUUGAACUGCACAAAAAGAAGCAAACGAUCGGAAACCAUGGAGUCGUCGGACAGAAAGAAUGUUUAUCUAAAAACCGGCGACAGCUCAUUAAACUCAGGAAUGAGAGACACCAUGAUCGUUGGCCAGGCCAACAUGCAGCCAGAGUGCGGAGAGGGCGUGAUGAAACAGAACGUGUCCAGCGUCUCCUCCAAUCAGGCGAAGUGGUCCAAUACUCAGAGUAAGAAUUUCAUCAUCGGCACGGUGCCUGUGAAGAACGAGAUCGUGCAUCUGGAAGAUGGUGCGCAUUGUAACAACAAGAAAAUGUACUACUACGAUAGACACUACACUGGUCACGAGGAGCCAGAGAGACCGACGCGCAGAGGAACGAAGAGAUACAGGGACAAGGACGCACCGAAACGGGCGCUGUCCGCAUUCUUCUACUUCUGCCAAGAGCUGCGCGGUAAGAUGAGGGAAUUGCACCCUGAGAUGGGAGUGGGCGAAAUCGCGAAGGAACUAGGAAAAUUGUGGAUGAGCACGGACCUGCAGACCAAGUCCAAGUACAUGGCAAUCGCGGAGGAGGACAGAGCCCGAUACGAGAGGGAAAUAAUCGCUUACAAUAAGAGAGUGAAAAAUUACGAUCCUGAGGAAGUUGGAACUGUAUAAGUCAAUCCAGAGAUUCACGUCGGAUGGUUGGAAGGAAAAAUAAGAAGAAGAAGAAGAAGAAAAGGAAGAGGAGGAAAGACUACUUAUUCUCUCAUUCGAGCACUUGUCACUGGUUAUUUGCAAGUGCGCGAUACUUUUACUAACCUAGUAUUACUGUCACUCGUUGUAUAUAUUAUGUACACUGUUGAAAAGGAACAGAAAGAAAUUCAUUCGUUUAACGUGCAAAAAUUCGAUUCAUACUCGUAGCGUGGCAAACAGGCGAGACAGAUUUCGGCUAGACGAGAGUUCCAUUUUAUAACGAAUUCCUCUAUCAUGCAAGGGCUAUUACUACCAUACAUGACUAACGUGUGCUAAUAUAUAAAAAUAUAUAUACAUACUAUAUAUACACACACACGCAUACACAAAGGAUGCUUUUUAGGAUUUAUCAAUUUAACUGUGCCAGAACGCUUUGCGAGUAAAAAUAUAAAAAAGAAUGUUAUAUAAAAUAGAAUGCUAUUCUAUUUUGUAUUUCUGUUAUAACUUUUUAAUAAAGCACUUUUAUAGUCACCUCUUAAAUAUUUCUAACCGUAGAAUACGUUGGCACAGUUCAUCUGAUAAAACCUUCAGCAUCCUUUAUACAUUUAUCGACAAAAUCUAAUAUGAGAUAUGUAAUAAAUCUUAGCGGUAGUAGAAGUUAAUGGUAAAUAAUUCAAGUAACAAUAGCUAUACCACUGUGCUGCAUUAAUAUUGAAUAGCAACGUAAUCAUAAUCGAUUCUGGCAAUGUCUGAGAGUAACGAGGACGAAGAAAUUGCAUACUGCAACGCAAUAUUACGCGUUAUUAUAGCGCGUUAAUAUUAAUAGAAUUAAUGGUAGAACGCUUCGCUGACAUGUAAUAAGUUAACGAAUAAGAGAGAUUAAUCAGAAGGAGAAGGAAUAGGGAGACGCGAGGCGGAUGCGAUUUAGCACAGCCUCCUUUUCGCAAGACAAUUCUACUGGGAUUAAUAUACCUGUAUAAUUUCGUUGAGUUCAUGUUUUUUGAUACCAUAUGCACGUACUCUGAUGAUUCUUGUGCUUGUUUGUGCGAAUUAAUAAAAUGCAAUAUUCAUUAUAAAAUCCUGUUUCAUGCAGUGUCCGAGAAACGCGAUGAACUCACCGAAGUCCGUAAUGCGACAAAACCACGUACAACGUAAUAUUAUAUAAAUUUUUCAUGACAAGAGCAUUAGAGAUCAUUCUUGCUUCUCACAACAAUAUUCAUCGUCGACAUACGCGAGUUUUUGUGCAAUUUAAGUAACAGCUAAACGACGUAUAAAAUUGAAAAGUUCGAUCGUUUAACAAAGCCAAUUAGUAAUAAUAUAGUAACAGUAAUACAUACUCUACUUUGAUAACGAGAAAAAACGAAAAAGAGAGCGUGCAGAAGAGAAUGCAUUAUAGUAAAAGUCGCACAGAGUAAACGUUGUACAGAGCAUUGCUUGUCUGUUAAUCACAUACACAUUUGUAUAAGAUUAUAUACAAGUAGAUAGUAAUAUGUUGCUUUUCUAGCAUGCUCCGAUUGGAGGAUAAUGUUUCAAGGAAAAAGCAUCAUUUAUUAAUUUAAAACAUAUGCAAAGAUUUCUGGAUGAAUUUGCUUAAGUCAUUGUGAAACACAAAAUUUCAUAUUUUUGAAAAUAAUAUUUCAUUUUUAGUGGAAUAAGUCUGAUAACGUGUUGAAAAUUAUAAGAGACUGCUGCAGUGUUUCUUAAGAUGUUAACACAAAUGUUAUGUUUAUUUCAUGUACCAGCAAUCCAACCUAACUUAGCUAUUAAUUAUAUAAUAUUGUCUUAAAUAUUAAUUACAUAAUAUUGUCUUAUAUAUUGUCUCACAAAUCUCAUCAUAGAGAAACACCGCAAUCCACCUUGGGAUGGGUGUUCUCUACCUGCUAGAAGUUUGAAGUAAAACACGUCACAAAAAUGUUGAUGUAUUUUGAUCAUAA